CCCCUGAUCUACCCGCUUUCCCAGCAGGCAGCCAAUCCAAUCUUCUCCCACCUGCCUGAAACAGCUCUUGAUGGUCCUGUUUACAGGUGUGCUGGGGCAUCACUUGGGACCGAGAAACACACCGGGCAACAUUUAGGGAGUUAGAUGUUUAAAGUAAACGGCACACCAGUUGAACGACUACAGAGGAGUGGGAACACUGUUUUUGCGUAGUAUCCCAAUAGUGCUGUGGACGUGAGGAUUGUUUGAGUCAAAGAGAAGGGGUUCAUGUAUUCGCAUGGACAGAGAAUAGUACUGUUUAUUCAAGUUGCAAUUUUAAAGGGAUAUUGUUUAGGGAUCCAAAAAGUGCAUUCUUUCAGGACAUCAAUACGUCAGGGCGAUCAUGAUGUCACCAGAGGACAGCAGCACCCUGGAGGGCUUAUUGUAUGGCAGCCUCCAUGGUGACGAGGGGGAGGAGUCAGUGAAUCAGGGGAGCAGACAGUCAGGAGAGGAGAAUUCCACAGCCAGUUCUCCAGCUACAGGCGUAGUAGAGGAGCCGUUGGUGUGUGCCGGCUGCGAGGGGCGUGUUUGCGACCGCUUUCUCCUAUUGGCUGCCGGGCGGGCGUGGCACGAGGCGUGUCUCCGCUGUAGCCAAUGCCAGUGUGAGCUCCAGACGCACCUCACACUCUACUGUCGUGACGGCAGCAUCUACUGCCAGCAGGACUACUGCAGGUUAUUCAGUGUGGGACGAUGUGCCCGCUGCUCCCAGCCAAUCCCGUCGUCAGCAAUGGUCAUGAGGUCUGGUGAUCUGACCUUUCACCCCGAAUGCUUUUCCUGCCAGGAGUGUGAUGUCACCUUGAUGCCUGGAAACCUAUACUGCCAACAGGGACAGAGCCUGUACUGUCAAGCACAUUACCAUGAUUACUGCAGUGCUCCACCCUCUCACAAGCUCCACCUCAAGCAGAGAGAAGCAGAAGGGGAGGAGUCUGUCAGCAGCCCUGAGCCACGACUGGAGGAUGGCGUUACAGGUGGCCUGGCCCGCAGGCGGACCAAGCGAAUCAGAACAUGUUUUCGGAGCGAACAGUUGAGAGCCAUGGAGUCCUAUUUCGCCCUGAAACACAACCCUGAUGGCAAGGAUUGGAGCUGUCUGUCUCACAGGACCGGUCUGCCCAAGAGAGUGCUUCAGGUGUGGUUCCAGAAUGCAAGGGCCAAGCUUAGGCGUUCCCUCUCAGCUGACGAGUCGCAGAGCAACUCACCUGCCCCCCAGAGAUUCGACGCCAUGGCUACGGCCUCCCCGUCCCAAGUGACCUCCUCCCACCAGUCCCAGUCCUUCCAGACCAGCACCAUCGACCAACUGGAGCUCUCUCUGCUCACCGCCCCUCUCAGUGACCCGCCCCAAAGCCCCACCGACCAAUCAGCAGGCUUUAAAGACACAUUCUUCCUGGACUACAAUUCCCAGGGUGCACCAAGGCUCUCCCCUUUGAUGACCUAUGACUUUGGGGAGUCUGGAUUGGGGAGAGAAGGGGAUUCUGACAAGGUACUUCAACCAUAUUAUUGACCAUGUUUACAUGCACACCGUAUUCUGCAUAGUAGCUCAUAUCCCGCUUAAGGUCUUAUUCCGGAUAAGCUGUUUACAUGCACCUUUGAUAUCCCGCUCACGAGUAUCCCUGUAUCAUGAAUAAACAGAAUAUUCCUAACUUAAGUUCAUAUGGGUUAAAUGGAAUGGAAUAGUUUCUGAUAUAUGGACACU